AUGUCCAAUAAACGGCAGUUGACAUUGUUUAAUUUUAUGUCAUCAAAAUGUAAAAAGACUACAAACGCCCAAAGCAAAGCACUUGAAAAUAUUGCCACAUGUAUAAAUAAUUCUAUAGAUGAAGACUGUUCAAUUAGAAAUACAGAAAAACUAGAUAAUGUUGCCACAUGUAUAAAUAAUUCUAUAGAUGAAGACUGUUCAAUUGGAAACCCUGAAAAACAAGAAAAUUUGAAGUGUGAAAUUGACUGUGAUCGUGAUCCGGCUAGAAAUUCUAACAAUGCAUACAAUUUACUUUGUUCUGGUCUUGGUCCAUAUCAGCCAACUAAUUGUAAUUUUCCUAAAGUUAAAGGUAGACAAUUUAGAAAAGAAUGGUACGUGAAAUUUCCAUGGCUUGAAUACAGCCCUUCAAAAGAUUCUGUAUUUUGUUUUUAUUGUCGUGCUUUACCAUUUGCCAGUUGUGAUAAAGCAUUUAUAACUAAUGGUUUUAAAUCUUGGAAAAAAAUGAACGAAUAUUCUAAUAAUCAUUCCAAAAGUGUUGCUCAUAAAGAAUCAUUGACAAAAUAUGCUGGUUUCAAAUCAGCUAUUAAACAAGGCAAUAUCAUAUCUAAAAUUGAUAGUAAUCAUAACAAAGUAGUAAAAGAAAAUAGAGAAUAUAUAAAAUGCUUAUUGGAAACUAUUUUAUACUGUGCUUAUCAAGGAAUUCCAAUUCGAGGUCAUAGAGAAAAUGAAGAUUCUGAAAACAUGGGCAAUUUUCUAGAACUGAUGAAAUUACGUGCAAAAGACAAUAAUAUUUUGGAUCGUUACUUUUUAAAAAAAGAGAAAUCCUUCAGAUAUGUAAGUGGUACACAUACUAAUGAAUUUAUUAGUUUAAUGGGUGCAUUUGUAACAAAAAACAUAAUCAAGGACAUACAAUUGGCUGGUAUUUAUAGUUUAUUAAUUGACGAAACUCAGGAUCUUGCUAGGCACGAACAAGUAUCAUUCAUCAUACGUUAUGUUGAUAGUAAUUUAAAUCCCCAUGAAGAUUUCAUAGGAUUUUUUAGAACAGACCGAACUGAUGGUGAGUCUUUGACUAAUUUAAUAAAGGUAGUACUCAAUAGUUAUAAUCUUAGAAUUACAGAUUUAAGAGGUCAAUGUUAUGAUGGGGCAGCUUCCAUGAGAGGAUCAUAUAAUGGUGUUCAAGCCAAAAUACGAAUUGAAAAUCCAUUAGCAUUUUAUGUUCAUUGUCACGCUCAUAUUCUUAAUCUUUGUUUGGUUGAUUUGGCAAAACAAGUAUCAUAUGUUAGAAAUACUUUUGGAACAUUAAAGGCUUUACAUAGUUUUAUUGGUGCUUCUUCUAAAAGAUAUGAAAUAUUUGAGCAAAUAUGGAUAAAAUUAGGUGAUAACAUUGGACCAAAAACUUUAAAAGGAUUGAGUGAUACAAGAUGGAGUUGCAGGAUAGAUGCAUUAAACUCAAUUCUUUCUAAUUUUACUGUCAUUCUCAAAACUCUAGAAGACAUUUCAGAAAAAGAUUCAAUCAAUGGAUCUGAUGCUUCUUCGUUGCUUUUUUCUAUAUCAAAUUUUGAAUUUACAGUAGAUAUUUUAAAUAAGUAUAGAUCAGAUACAGAAUUCAAUAUAACUUGGAACAAAGCUAUGGAAAUAACAAAAAAAAACAAUAUUAGCUCUCCAAAACUUCCUAGAAAAAGAACUAUUCCACUGAAAUUGGGAGGAGGUCAAGUUAAUUCUUCAAACAUAAUAAGUGUUCAAGAUAUUUAUUUAAGAACCAGCAUGGGCCAAGUACGUUUAAGCAGCUUGGCAUCUCUACAGAUUCAACGAUCAGUACCAAUUGAUUUUGAUCAAAUUAUUGAUGAAUUUGUUUCAAAAGGAGAAGGGGUAAGUCAUGCUGGGUAUAUUAUAACUGAAGCACUAAUUAGCCAAUUAUUUGGGGAUACAUACUCAAGAGCAGCUACCUUAAGAACAGAUUUAAAUAGAUUUAAGGCAUAUGGGACUGAACCGUUUAAUUUAUUGAUUUUCAAUGAUGACGACUUUGAUCCAGCUGCUAUUACAGAUGUAUAUCCUACAAGUGAUACUAAUCAGAAUACUGAUAUUUCUAUUGUUUUGGAACAAGUUCAACAAUGUGAAGUGUAG